AUGUCCGGCCUCCCCCAGCCCGAGCUCCACAAGGACGCCAAGUAUGUCUUCCUGUCCGACUGGGAUGGAACCAUCACCGACAAGGACUCGAACGACUUCCUGACCGACACGUAUGGCUUCGGUGCUGCUCAGCGCAAGGCGCACAACCAGAAGGUGCUCAAGGGCGACCUGCACUUCCGUGACUCGUUCCGCGAGAUGCUCCUCUCCGUCAGCGACAACGGCCACGACUUUGAGAGCUGCAAGGAGCUCCUGCGCCAGAACAUUGGCCUCGACCCGGGCUUUGAGACCUUCUACUCGUGGUGCAAGGAGAAUGGUAUCCCCGUGAUCAUCGUCUCGAGCGGCAUGGCGCCCAUUAUCCGCGCUGUCCUCGAGAAGCUCGUGGGCGAGGCCGAGGCUGCCAAGAUUGAGAUCAUCGCCAACGACGUCAAGUACACCGACGCCGAGGGCACGGGCAAGACAUGGGAGAUUGUGUGGCGCCACCCCGAGUCUGGUUUCGGCCACGACAAGUCGCAGUCGAUCAUUCCGUACCGCUCGCUCGAGAACAAGCCCACCUUGUUCUUUGCCGGCGACGGCGUCAGCGACCUGUCGGCCGCCCGCCACGCCGACGUCCUCUUCACCAAGGUGGCCGAGGACGGCGCGUCUGACCUGCUCAAGUUCUGCGUCAGGGAGAACAUCCCCCACGUCGCCGUGGCCAACUUUUCCCAGAUCCUCGAGGACGUCCAAAAGGUCGUCGUCGGCGGCGAGACCACUGCCCAGGUCAUUGCCGAGGCCAACCACCCCACUAGCACUAGCGCUUAG